AUGCGUGGACCCGUCUCAUUCGUUGCCGUGCUCUCAGCACUUGCCACGCUUGGUUCUGCACUCCCACAAUUGGACAUGGUGCCUCGAGCAGCAGCUACUACUCCUGUUAAGCCCAAGUAUUCCGUGGUACCUCUUGAGCCUGGCGAUGAUGAUCCACAAAGCGGCAACGGUGGCAAUGGCGAAAAUAGCUCCAAGGGCAGUGACGUGACCAAGACGGUCGUCGAGACCGAAGAUCCUGUUACUCACACAGUCACGAAAACUGGCCAGCCUGUUACUGUCACGCACCCGGCUCCUACCACCAUCUCAAUAAUUCCCAUUGGAGGCAACCCAGAUGUUACAAUAACUGUAACUGCUGAAGUGACACCCACUGUUGCAUCAACGACGGCCUCAAUCGCCACCCCUGCGACGACGAGCUCAGUUGUUGCUCCUACAACGACUUCAGUUUCUGAUCCAACAACGACUCCGGUUUCUGAUCCAACAACGACUCCGGUUUCUGAUCCAACAACGACUCCGGUUUCUGAUCCAACAACGACUCCGGUCUCUGAUCCAACAACGACUUCGGUUUCUGAUCCAACAACAGCAACACUUACUACCACCUCCACUCAGGCCAACUCUACAGCAGCAACACCCAUAUCGCCAAUUAGUUCCACAACAUCCAUCGUCGUCACCCCAACGGAUACAAUCCCCUCGAUCCCCUCUGCGACGCCGCCUGCACCAAUGUCAACAAACCCUUGGUCUGUUCCAAGCUCCAACCACACAACAACCACAUCAGAUCCAUUUUCAGAAACCACCAACACAGCCGUAGGCGCAACGACUCUUCUUGGAACCGGAAGUAGACCGGAACCGUCCACCACGACUCCUGCGCCCAUAGGGACUAAUACCACCUGGAUCCCCACCACUUUGAGCACUGUCUUCCUCACGCCCUCAUCCUCAUCAACCUCAACAAAUACGUAUGACGAUGGCAAGUGGCACACAACAUACCCAGCUUGGAAUGACACCGCUACGCAUCGGUUCCGACGUUUUUAA